AUGUGGCAUCCAAGAAUGGGCUCUUCAUUAUUUUGGUAUGACAAUUGGACAGGGCUGAGGGCUCUCUAUUUCCUGGUUCCACAAGACUUUGGUGUAGAUGAAUCGGUGCACAAUGCAUGGGAGGUGGUUGAUAGAGAAGGGUGGGAUGCAGAAAGAUUGGUCGAACUGUUACCAGAGGAAUUUGUAGAACACAUCUUACAGAACAUCAAGCCUCCUACUGCACAAAGAGUGCUUGAUGUACCCUGUUGGAUGCUGGAACCUAGAGGAUAUUUCAGUGUUAAAACAGCCUGGGACUAUUUGAGAAGAAGAGCUGAGCCAAUGAAUGCAUUCAAGAUGAUAUGGGUGAAUGGAUUGCCCUUUAAAAUUGCAUUCUUCAUGUGGAAGGUGUGGAGAAACAAGUUGCCACUUGAUGACUUCUUCAGAAGGCUGGGGUAUUUAAUGGCAUCCAAGUGCUGGUGUUGUGCAGAACCAAAGGAGGAGACUACACGGCAUUUAUUCUUCACCUCAUAUGCAGCAAACAAAGUGUGGAAGUACUAUCUUGGACAUGCAGGCAUUGCAGUGGAAGGACUCACAUUGCAUCAAGUCAUUGUAAAGUGUUGGACUGCAGAUGUUGUACCUAGAUUGAAACCAAUUAUGCAAGCCUUGCCAUCAGUAAUCGUUUGGGAACUAUGGAAGAGAAGAAAUAGUUACAAGUAUGGGGAUGCAGUUACCAUCAAUACAGUGGUCUAUCAAAUUUCAAAUACCUUGCACUCUCUAAUCAAGGUAAGAAAGCCAGGAGUUCAGCAGGUACCUCACAGGAGCUCUAUUGGAUUUGUCCUUAGAAAUGAAGAGGGGGAUGUUCUGUAUGCAUGUGGCAAGGAAAUACAUGAAGGUUCUAAUUCAGUUGCUGAAGCAAAGGCUAUCUAUGAAGUAAUGCAGUACUGUGUGCAACAGGACUAUGUGCUGAUAGAUUUGCACACAGAUUCAAUGCUCUUAAAGAAGGCAAUAACUGGAGAAUGGAAGCCACCAUGGGUAAUAGAAACAAUGGUGGAGGAAAUUAGACAACUGAUGAAUUGA